AUGUCAGCGAAACAAAAGUGUCUGGUAUGUAAUGAAACUGCAGAUUCUUUACAUUUCGGUGCACUUUCUUGUCGCGCAUGUGCUGCUUUUUUUCGUAGAAAUAUUGCUAGUAAAAAACAAUUCCGAAAUAGUUGUGAGCGAAAAUGUUCAAUAGAUAUGCCACAUCUUCGGAAACUUUGUCAAGUCUGUCGAUUUGAAAAAUGUUUAGCUGUCGGAAUGAAGGAAACAUCUGUUUUAUCAAGAGUGUCAUAUUCGAAAGCUUUGACUUCAACAGAAGAGAAAUAUACAUUUUUGAAUAAAUUAAUACAAUUUUAUGAUAAAAUAGAGAACUCGAGAGAUGAAGUUUUUCAAAGAAAAAAAGAAUACUCCGAAAAAUUCAAAUUAUAA